UUUAUUCCACAAUUCUAAAUAUACUUAUAUUAUGGAAGAAAGUUCACAUUUCUCUCAUAACAUUUACAAAAAUGAUCCUGUAUUAUUUAAAAAUUAUGUUGGUUUCAAAGUGAACAUUUUGACUGAAGAUGGUACCACAUCUUCCGGCGUUGUUUAUACAGUUGAUCCUGUAUCAGAGAGUGUUGUACUGCUACAGGAUUGCCAACAAGAUCAUUUAAAAAUCGUGUUUGGUCAUGCAAUAAAAAACAUAGAAAUUUGCAUGGACAAACCAUGUGAUUUACCGGAAUUGUUUAUGAAUGCACCAACAAAUAUUCUUCGAUCGACAUUAGAAGAACGAAAAAAUGCUGUGAUAAAAAUACUUCGAGAAAAUAGGUUUGAUGUAAAAGAAGAAAGUGAUAUUUUAACGGUUGAAAAUGUCCUUUCAAUAAAACCGCCGUAUGAGCCUACCGAUUGUAUUUGUGCUAAUAGCAUUAUUUUAGGAAGAAUUCAAAAUCUUCUUUCCCGCAUUUCAACUUAAUGUUUCAAACAAUAAACUGGGAAGUUGAUUAAUGUUUUAAUUAUCGUGUGCAUUGUUUACAAAUACAAUAAUUAAAAACUGUUACAUCAUUUAAUGAAAUUGCUUUUUUAAUUCAAGAUGUUUCCCAAAUAGGUAA